GCGGAGGCGGGCUCUCUUUCGGCUCCGCGCCGUCCGGGCCUCUACACGGCGUUGUUAGCGUUCCCUGUCGUUGCUUCCCAAGGGAAACCCCACAAUGUCCGGAGGCCUCGAUGUCCUGCAGAUGAAGGAGGAGGAUGUCCUCAAAUUCCUCGCUGCCGGGACCCACCUGGGAGGUACCAACCUGGACUUCCAGAUGGAGCAGUACAUCUACAAAAGGAAGAGCGAUGGUAUUUACAUCAUCAAUCUGAAAAGGACCUGGGAAAAGCUGCUCCUGGCAGCUCGUGCCAUUGUUGCCAUUGAGAACCCAGCUGAUGUGAGCGUCAUUUCUUCCAGGAACACUGGACAGCGUGCUGUUCUGAAGUUCGCUGCUGCCACCGGGGCUACUCCUAUUGCCGGGCGUUUCACCCCUGGCACCUUCACCAACCAGAUCCAGGCAGCUUUCCGUGAGCCACGGCUCCUGGUGGUCACGGACCCGCGGGCUGAUCACCAGCCGCUGACAGAGGCAUCCUACGUCAACAUCCCCACCAUCGCCCUGUGCAACACCGACUCGCCGCUGCGCUACGUGGAUAUCGCUAUUCCCUGCAAUAACAAGGGAGCCCACUCAGUGGGACUGAUGUGGUGGAUGCUGGCUCGAGAGGUCCUGCGCAUGCGUGGCACCAUCUCCCGUGAGCACCCGUGGGAAGUCAUGCCUGACUUGUACUUCUACAGGGAUCCUGAGGAGAUUGAAAAGGAGGAGCAGGCGGCUGCUGAGAAAGCAGUCACGAAGGAGGAGUUCCAGACUGAAUGGACGGCCCCAGCACCUGAAUUCACUGCUCCUCCUCAGCCCGAGGUUGCAGAUUGGUCUGAGGGAGUGCAGGUCCCGUCUGUGCCCAUCCAGCAGUUCCCCACAGAGGACUGGAGUGCCCAGCCUGCCACCGAGGACUGGUCAGCAGCUCCCACUGCCCAGGCUACUGAGUGGGUUGGCACUGCCACGGAGUGGUCUUAACUUCAGCCCUGCUGUACUGUGAAAGAAAUAAAGGCUGGUUUAGUA